AUGACGUCCAAAAAUGAUGUACAAAUACGAUUAAAAGAAUGGGAAUCCCAUUGUCAUCAUCCUGUUACUAACUUAACCCCAGAAAGAGUGUCUUUUUUAAUUCAAAGAUAUACUUCUAACAAUGCUAAUUUUAAUUCUAACAACAGCAACAACAACCGUAAUAACAAUAAUAAUAAAUCGUUUAAAUUUAUCUCAUUAAGUAAAUUGUUUCAACAACUAUCAAUCAAGGAAAAUUAUCAUCACAAUCAUCUUCAUGAAAUUCCACAACUUACUACAAACAAUUUUUCUACUUAUAAAAAUGGUGGCUUUUAUGUUUGUAAAACAAGUAAAUUAUCAUUGAAUGAAAUUGAAUCAUUUUUACAUCAAUACUUUUGGAAAAAAUACGGUCGCGGCAUAAUUCACUGUCUAGGGUGUUCAACAAAUAGUAAUAAAAAUAGUAAUACAAGAAAACAUAUUGAAUGGUUUAAUGUACCAAUUAAAGAAUUGCCUGAUAUGUUAUACACAAUAGAUAAAUUUACUCAUGUCCAAUCGUAA